UCUUGAAGCCUCUCUUAGUCUUCUCUUAGGAGGAUUAACGCUCCCACCUGAGGGCUGGCACUCACUAAAUCAAACCUCCAUUGCGACAUCAAUCAUCUCUCACCAUUAGACCAUCUGCUUCUGGAUGGACAGCACUGGCACUUUUCGUCUUUGCAUCUCCAAGAGACUACUAUAACACAUAACGUGGUGAGGAUCCUGACGCACAAACCUUGACUGGUUCUUCCUACUGAAAAAUCCCAAGUGUUAAGGGACACUCUUCUAAAGAAGCUCUCUCCAGGCCCUCCUUCCUGGCAACCAUGGGGAAGAGAGUGGCCAUUGUCGGAGCUGGUGUCAGUGGCUUAGCCUCCAUCCGGUGCUGUCUGGAAGAGGGGCUGGAGCCCACCUGCUUUGAGAGAAGCAAUGAUGUUGGAGGCCUGUGGAAAUUCUCGAACCAAGCCGAAGAAGGCAGAGCCAGCAUUUACCAGUCCGUAUUCACCAACUCUUCCAAAGAGAUGAUGUGCUUUCCAGACUUCCCGUAUCCUGAUGACUUUCCCAACUAUAUGCACCACAGCAAGCUCCAGCAAUACAUAAGGACAUUUGCUCAAAAGAAGAACCUUUUAAGAUAUAUACAGUUUGAGACCCUGGUUUCUAGCAUAAAGAAAUGUCCCAACUUCUUAGUCACCGGACAAUGGGAAGUUGUUUCGGAAAAGGAUGGGAAACAGGAAUCUGCUAUUUUUGAUGCUGUAAUGAUUUGUUCAGGACAUCAUGUGUACCCCAAUCUACCAACUGAUUCUUUUCCUGGCCUACACCGGUUUCAAGGCCACUACCUCCACAGCAGGGACUACAAGGACCCAGAAGCCUUCAAGGGGAAGAGGGUCCUGGUGAUCGGCCUGGGGAACUCCGGAUCUGACAUUGCCGUAGAGCUCAGUCGUCUGGCUGCACAGGUCAUUAUCAGCAGCAGAAGUGGUUCUUGGGUCAUGAGCCGGGUUUGGGAUGACGGCUAUCCUUGGGACAUGGUGUACGUGACCCGUUUUGCAACCUUCCUCCGGAAUGCGCUUCCUUCAUUUGUCUCCGACUGGUUAUAUGUCAAGAAGAUGAACACAUGGUUUAAGCAUGAGAACUAUGGCCUGAUGCCUUUAAAUGGUCCCCUGAGGAAAGAGCCUGUGUUCAAUGACGAGCUCCCAUCCCGCAUCCUGUGUGGUACCGUAUCCAUCAAGCCCAGCGUGAAGGAGUUUACAGAGACCUCAGCUGUGUUUGAGGAUGGGACCGUGUUUGAGGCCAUUGACUACAUCAUCUUCGCAACAGGCUAUAAUUACGCCUACCCCUUCCUUGAUGACUCCAUCAUCAAAAGCAGAAACAAUGAGGUCACCUUGUUUAAAGGCAUCUUCCCCCCAAAAAUGGAGAAGCCUACCUUGGCUGUGAUCGGCCUUGUCCAGUCCCUUGGGGCUGCCAUCCCCACGGCUGACCUGCAGGCUCGCUGGGCAGCUAAAGUGUUUGCAAAAUCAUGUACCUUACCAACUACAGGUGAAAUGAUGGAUGACAUUGAUGAGAAAAUGGGGAAAAAACUCAAGUGGUUUGGCCAGAGCCAGACUUUGCAGACAGAUUACAUCACAUACAUGGACGAGCUGGGAUCCUUCAUAGGGGCCAAGCCCAACAUACCGUGGCUCUUCCUAACUGAUCCCCAGCUGGCCCUGGAGGUGUUCUUUGGUCCUUGUAGCCCAUACCAGUUUCGACUGAUGGGACCAGGAAAGUGGGAUGGGGCCAGAAAUGCCAUCCUGACCCAGUGGGACAGGACGGUAAAGCCAACCAGGACAAGAGCUGUCCGUGAGGCUCAAAGACCCCAACACUUUCACAAUUUGCUCAAAAUGCUUUCAUUCCCAAUGCUUUUGCUGGCUGUUUGGCUUACAUUUUAUUAAUGAGAAAGCCCUUUACGUCUCAGAGUUUAGCCUAGAAGUUUAAUCACAGAUAUCUAUGUAGUUUAAUUCCAGAUAUAUACACACGUGCAUACAUAAAAUCUCAGCUACUUCUUCCCCUCCUGCAGAUAUAAAAAUGAAUUCUGGCCCAUUUAACUGAAAGUCUCAAUAAAAUGGAAGAUACUCAGCCUCUCCCUUUCUGAUGAGAAUCUAUACUCUAGAAAGGAUUUUCACACGAUGCAUUGGCAAGUUUGGAGAUGCCUGAGAUAAGGAAGAAGGAAGGUGAAGGGGAGUGAGCACAGAUGUGAAAGAUGAACAAACUUCAGUAAAUUAUUUAAGGGUGUUUUAUCAUGAAUCAUGAUUUCAGUUUUAUCAUGAAUUCAAUCAGAAAUGACAUCACAACAAUAAUGAAUCUUCCAACCCGUGACACAGUGUCUCUCUUCAUCUACUUAGAUCUUCUUUAAUUGCUCUCAAGCAGUGUUUGUAGUUUUCUGUGUAUAGUUCUUACCCAUCAUAUGUCAGAUUUAUCCUAACUAUGUGAUAUUUUUGGAUGUUAUUAAAAAUAGUAGUUAAACAUUGUUUACAGCUUAUAUUUAGAAAUGCAAUCAUUUGUUCUAGUAACUUUUUUUAUAGAUUCCAUAAUACUUUCUACAUAAAUAAUCAAUUUGCCUAAAAAUAAGAUAGCUUUACUUCUCCAGUUUCGAUUUGGAUGUCUUUUAUCUCUUUUGCUAGCCUUAUUUCUUUGAAACUCCAAUAUAAUGUUGAAUAGAAGUGGUGAGAUCAGACAUCCUUGCCUCGUUCCUGACCUUAGGAAUGAAGCAUCGAGUCUUUUACGAGUCAGAGUGAUGUUGACUAUAGAUAUUUCAGAAAUGCCCCUUAUUAAGUUGAGGAAGUUUUCUUCUCUUCCUAGUUAGCUAACAGUUCUGAUCAGGAAUGGAGGAUGGUUUUUGUCAGAUACUUUUUUUGCAUCUAUUGAGAUGAUUGUAUGGUUUUGGUUAAAAUAUGGUGAAUUACAUGGACUCUUAGCCCAAUCUUGCAUUGCUGAAAUAAAUGCCACUUGUUCGUGGUAUAUUGCCCAUUUUACACACUGUAGGAUUACAUUUGUUAACAUUUGUUAAGGAUUUUUGCAUGUAUGUUUAUAAUAAAUAUUGAUCUGUAUUUUA